ACCUUUCUGCAAACCCUGAACAGCUCCCAAGCCACGCGCGCUGUCGUGGGGCUUUUCCAGGCACUGUGAAAUCGAGGGCUUGCCUGUCUUGUUCCUUCCCUCCCGACAGCCUAGUCCGCUGCUCUCCCAGCCCGCUGCAGAGGUGCUUUGCCGGGGGACAAGCGACGCAGGGCAUCCGGCUGCGGCAGCCGCGGCCGGGAGCCGAAGAUGUUGCUGGCGGGGAUCAGCGCGUUGUCCUGGCUCGAAGCUGCGCUCACCGCCGUGCUGGCCCUGGGGCUCCUCCUCACCGUGGCCCGGCACUUGUGGACUCUCAGGUGGACUCUGAGCAGGGACCGGGGCAGCGCUCUGCCCCUCCCCAAAGGCUCCAUGGGGUGGCCGUUCUUCGGGGAGACCCUGCACUGGCUGGUCCAGGGCUCCAGCUUCCACAGCUCCCGCCGGGAGAAGUACGGCCACGUGUUCAAGACCCACCUGCUGGGCAAGCCUGUCGUCCGAGUGACCGGGGCGGAGAACGUCCGCAAGAUCCUGCUGGGGGAGCACAGCCUGGUCAGCACCCAGUGGCCCCAGAGCACCCAGAUCAUCCUGGGCUCCAACACCCUGCUCAACUCCACCGGCGAGCUGCACCGGCAGAGGAGGAAGAUCCUGGCUCGAGUCUUCAGCCGCGCUGCCCUGGAGAGCUACCUCCCUGGGAUCCAGAAGGUCGUGAGCUGGGAGCUGCGGGGCUGGUGCAGGGAGCCUGGCUCCAUCGCGGUUUAUUCCUCCGCUAAAACUUUGACUUUCCGCGUUGCAGCUCGGGUUCUGCUGGGCCUCAGCCUGGAAGAAAAGCAGUUUAAGGACCUGGCCAAAACUUUUGAGCAGCUGGUGGAGAACCUGUUCUCCUUGCCCCUGAAUAUACCGUUCAGUGGGCUGCGCAAGGGGAUCAAAGCCCGGAAUAUGUUACAUGAGUACAUGGAGAAAGCCAUAAUGGAAAAACUACAAAGAAAGAACUCGGAUGGUGAUGCUCUGGAUUUCUUAAUAAACAGUGCCAAGGAGCAUGGCAAAGAACUCCCCCCACAGGAGCUAGGGGGAAAGACGAUUGAACUGAUAUUUGCUGCUUUCUUCACCACUGCUAGUGCCAGCACGUCUCUGAUCCUUUUGCUACUGAAACACCCCUCGGCGAUAGAAAAAAUAAGACAGGAACUGGUGUCCCAUGAAUUGCAUAGGCAGGGCCAUUGCCUUUCGCCUGCGGUCUCCCAAAAGAACCGCCCAUGUAUUGAAUCCCGUCAAGGUACACCGAUGGUCCUGGAGAGAGAAAGGAAGGACAGUGACUCUCAGCAGCGUCUCCGCUCCACGCCAGAAGGGACGCCGAAGAAUCAAAGUCAGCAACCUGAUCUAAAGGCGGGAGGAGAGGCCGGGGGUGGUUUUAUCCGGCGGCCUCCUCUCCUUAAGGAGCCCACGUUAACCAGAAUGACACCAGAAGCAAUUAGUUUGAAUACAAAAGAUCAUUAUUCAAACCCCAGGCAAGAAGAAGCCGGUCAGCCGGCCAGCAGGUUCGAGGUGCCCACAGGGCCAGUGAUUCCAGGGGCAGAGUGUCAUUGUCAGCCUGAGAUGAACUUGGAUAAGUUGAGCCGUCUGCGCUACUUGGACGGUGUGAUUAAGGAGGUCCUUCGUGUGCUGCCGCCCGUUUCUGGAGGCUACAGAACUGCCCUGCAGACCUUUGAGCUGGAUGGCUACCAGAUCCCCAAGGGCUGGAGCGUGAUGUACAGCAUCCGAGACACCCACGAGACCGCGGCCGUGUACCAGAGCCCCCCCGAGAGCUUCGACCCGGACCGGUUUGGCUCGGCCCGGCAGGAGGACGACAAGGGGGCAGGACGCUUCCAUUACAUCCCCUUUGGUGGUGGGGUCAGGAGCUGCAUCGGCCAGGAGCUGGCCAAGGCCAUCCUCAAGCUGCUGGCCGUCGAGCUGGUCCGCACGGCCCGCUGGGAGCUGGCCACCCCCAGCUUCCCCGAGAUGCAGACUGUGCCCAUUGUGCAUCCCGUGGACGGGCUGCAGCUCUUCUUCCACCCCCUGCAGCCCGGCGGCGCCAGCACCCGCCGCCAGGGGUCCCGGGAAGCUUGAGCCGUCGCCCAGGCCUCUGGCGCUGGGGCGGGCUGCGGGCAGGGCGAAGAGGGGAAGCCGCCGCAGAGGGGGACAAGCACCAGGAUUUGUACCGACCGGACACAGAGAGCGCCACAUGAGCCCCUGGGCCCGUUUCCUUUUCGCAGCGGGGCUGAGAUCCAGCUGCUGAGAGGGGGCCCAGACCACCCAUCCCCUCCUUCUCGGUGCCCUGCUGCUGCCCACCACGGCAACAGGAGAGGGGCUCCGGAUGCAGCAGCAACUCCGGUGAGAUCUCCCUUUCGUCACACUAGAAAGGCUUGGUUUGUGCCAUCCUCACUGCACCCCCCGGUGGGGAAAAUCAGGGCCCAGCUGCACUCUGAGGAGUCAAAACCACAGGGAAAGAGUCCACGAUCCAAGUAUGCAGUUUCCUUAAACUUCAAAGGUGUUGGCUGGGGGAGAGAAACCAACUGUUCUAGAUUUUAAAACAGAAUCCCCCGGGACAUAGAUUCGUCUGCUACCUCUCACCUGACUCUUGAAAGUUUAGGGGAACGCCCUAUCCACUGAACAUCCUUCCAAGCCACGCUGUUGUCCUGGUCAGCCCUCCUGCCCCCUUCCUUCUGACUGGAUAGAGACAAAUGCAGAAGGGAGAGAGAAAUAACUGUCUCUAGCACAUUUUUAUUACAGAGCAUGGCUAGAGAUGGCCUGGAAUUUCCUGUUCCACAUGCAGAAGAAUUAUACCCAAUGGGAUACAUGUAUUUGUAAGUGGGGAGUGGGGUUCUUCACGUUGGGCCAUAGCCUUUUAGAAAUUUCCAGGGAUAUUUAAAAAGAGAAAAAUCUAAGGAAUCGCUGCAAUCUGACAGGUCCAAACUUGUCAGAUACAUCCCAAUUAUCUGUAACUUUCUGAUAACUCUCUAACUUCCGAUAGAUUGAUGUAAAGAGUUUGUAUUUCAUCUCACUCCUGCACUUUCCAUUAGAGUCUAUAUGAUAAACGCAUUGUGGUUCAUCAGAUGGUACCGUAUAUUAAUAUUGUACAUUAACACUGUAUUAUAGUAAGGACUGUGCUGCUGUUAUUAAGGAUCCAUCACUAAAUCCCAUGGUCAAAGUAAAUGUGCCUUAGACUAAAGUUUAGUUGCAGGUUGAAACCUGUAUGAGAGAAUCAGAUUUCAACAGGGAAGUGAUCUUUUUAAAAUAAACAUUUAAAGAGUCCGGACAUUUAACUGUUUGAUUCUGACUGAAAAGUUCCUGAUUUUAAAGAUGGAAAACCAUUUCUUGCGCAUACACUCUGGUACCUCUUCCAGAAUAAUGAUUUCAAUAUUUAUAGUGAGAGUCACAUUAUAAUAACUAUCAGAGCAGCAUUAAGCAACAAGACCAUUUGUCAUGCAGCAUAUGGUGUACAAUGGCUUAAAAAUGGAUUCAGGUGGAGUUAAGGUUGGGGGGCUGACUGGCCAAUUAGAGGGUCUCUGAAUACUGUCUGCCUUGCCAUUUCCUACUCUUCAAUUCCGGGAUUUUUCUUUUUCCGCUUGUAAAAGAAUUUCUCACAAAUGUUUUAUAAUGUGAUGCCUACCUUUCAUGUCCAUGAAUGGAAAUGGCAGUUCCAUUGGAGCAUGGAGAGGAGAGUUCAGGAUAAUACUAAGUAUGAUUUGUAUAGAUGAGUGAAUACAUUAUUUCAUUUUCACUGAGGGCAUGAUGGCAGCGCUCUGUCAAUGGACAGCCUUUGCUGGGCUUUGACUCAGGCACAUAGUACAUACUGUCUGUCUAAAAGGUGAAGGGAAGCAAGGAAAUGGAAACAUCUGAUAAUUAAUUUUCAUACAUUUUAAUGGAAAAUAUGGAUACUCCUUCUCUAGGUCAAGCUCUUGUGUAAUAUUAAAAUGUAUCCGAUAUCUGAGAGGUCUAACAGAACACCUACAUCCCCAAACCUGUUAUCCGUAGGAUGAAGUUGCCCUUUGUGAAGGCUGACACACUGGUUCCUAGGAUACUUUCUCCAAUGACACUUCUGCCGUAAACAAACUUUCUUUUCCUUCUGCAAUCUCCCAAAAUGAGAAAAGUCAAAAUAUUUGAGCCCCCCUUGCUUUAAAUGGUGACCCACUGCCUGAAAGCAACCGGCAUGAUUUAUUAUUCUGUAAGCCAGAGUUUUAGCAGCCACCGCCCAGAUAAUUUACCUGGAUCAGUAUUUCUAAUUAAACAUCAGAAAGUCGGGUAACAUAAUUUCACUCCAUACAACAUCUCAGCUACCUAGAGCAGAAACAUGGCUACCAAAUGUGACAGGUCAAAUCUGGAAAAGGUUGUACUGAAAGUCGGAGUUAAGUGCUGUUGGCAGGUUGACCCUUUAGUGAACCAGAAGCCUCUGCCCUCCUGACCUUGUCUUUAAGGUGAAUCUUUGUGGUGAACGGAGGGGAAAUCAGUAGGCGGUGGAUACAAGUGUCAAUGACUAACUUUAAUUAGCACAACUACUGAACUGAUCCAUCCAAACGCUACUGACGCUAUUGUGAUUCUCGAAAAAAAAGUAGGCGAACCGUGGAUCCACCUCCAGUUCCGUUUUAUUUCGGCGGGGACCUGGCCGCUCACCUAGGCACUAAUCGGCUGGGGAGCCGACUGGCAAAUGCAGCUCUGUAGCCUCCUCCUCCAGCUUGGAUGAGAAGUAAUCGUCGAUGCUUCAGGACCAAGCUAAAUAAUUACCCCGAGCACUCACACUGUAACCGCGUUGUUGAAUAACGUAAUGUGAAUCUAGUAAAAAAAGACUUGAAACUGAUGUUGUUUUUCAAAUAAACAUGAGCAUUUGCAAGUGAAGUGUAGCAAUUAUUACUUGUAAUCAAAGUUUGUUCCUAUGAGGCUGUUAAUUUCUUGUCCCCCUUCCAAGAUGUCUUUAAUUAUCCCUUUCACUCUUUACCAUUCGAUUCUUUUCGGACUGACGACUGUAGAAUAGAUGGCUGUGGCGAUAAUAAAGGUUUCCUGUGGUAAUUAUCGGUGCUCAGGCCACCGUAUCUCGUUAUUUGAUGGACAGUGAACUUGGCGAAGUUGCUCGCAGAGUUCAUUCAGAUGUCACGGUCCGUGUUGUAGGUCACAAGCAGGUCAGAGUAUGGGAAUGGGAAAGAACCCCGAGGUCAUGCCACUGCUCCCAGGGCAAUUCACUGAGGAUACGGAGACACCAGAAAAUGAUCAUCCCUAUUAGGCAGAGAACUGUCCUGCCAGCUUUGGAGGGCUCAGAAGCCUCCAACUUAACCAACCACUGGUUGGUUUAUAUAGGUCAGAGGAAGGGUGGGGGGGAAUCGGAAGAAAGUGAGCAUUUUAAACACAAAAUAGGGAAAUUAAAUUUAGGCUGAAAUCAUAUAAUGUACAAAUAUAU